ACCUUUUCAGACACCAACAUUUCUUUCCAUGCCUGCAUGCGACAACCAUUAUCUCAUGUCCGUCGGCUUAUAGCCAUUCUCCCUUUCCUGGCCCUCCAGCUAACAUCUGCGCUAGUCAUACAGCCUAAGUUGAUUACACGGCAGUUAGAUGACUUUGCAUUGUUGAGCUCCGAGCUUCAGACACCAGUUACCGGAAUAGUUCGAAAACACUAUGUGGCAAUAGAUGAAAUCGAGUGGAACUACUCUCCAGAUCAAUGGGAUUAUUAUCAUAACACAUCAAUAUCUGACUCUCCUGCAAAACUAUGGACACAGCAGAGUACUACCACCCUGGGCACCCGAUAUCGCAAGGCAGUAUACAGAGAAUACAACGAUUCUACUUUAAACCAUGCUUUGGAUAUUCCAGAGUGGCAAGGCAUGAUGGGCCCUAUUUUUAGAGCGGAGGUUGGUGAUACGUUUGAAAUCCAUGUUACAAACAGAGCCUCCAAGAAUUACUCGAUACACCCACACGGACUGAAAUAUGAAUUUGAAAUGGAAGGCGCCGUAUACCAAAACGCAUUAUACAACUCUAUUGCACCUAAUGACACUUUCAUUUAUCGAUGGGACAUACCACCACGAUCUGGCCCUGGCCCACAAGACGGCGACUCGGUUGUAUGGGGAUACCAUUCACAUGUAACUGAAAAUGAUAUGUUUGACGGGCUUUUUGGUGCCAUCAUCAUCUACAGACAUGGCCAUUUAGGUGCAAAUGGAAAGGCGAAGUCAGUAGAUAAGGAGUUUGUUACUACUUUCGUUGUGAUGGAUGAAAAUCGAUCCUCGCUAUUUAAGCAGACGCUGCAAGAAGCAUCACCAACCAUUGACCUCAGCAAAAUCCAAGCCACUGAAUCGUCGAAAAAGCAAUUUAUAGACUCUAAUAGGAAGGCUACCAUUAACGGCAUCAUGUUUGGUGGGCCCAAAGACCUCGUCAUAAAAGACAAAGAGGUUGCAGACUGGCAUUUACUAGCAUGGGGCACUGACUUUGAUGCUUUCACUGUUACUUGGUCGAAUGCUGGCUCUCUAAUAUAUAACCAGACCGCGGAACAAGUGAACUUACUACCUGCCUCUUUUGCAACGGCUAGAAUAUCUCCAGUCAAGUCAGGUCAGACUGAAUUUGGAUGCAAUGUACAUAAAUCGCAGGGAAUGGUCAUAAACUUCAAUAUAUAGAUUAGAUCUUCACACCUUAAAAACAACGCCAGUACAUGAGAGUUGCUCUUUCCUUUAUUUUAAAUUACAU